CAGUCAGCCGGUCUCGCUCACUUCCUGACCUGAGUGUCCCGCGGCUGUUUACAAAGCUUCAUCACUUCUUCAGCGGCCCGCGCUCCUUGCGUGAACAAACACCACCACACCGAGGAUGCUCGUGUGCGGACCGCCACGCUUCUGCUAAAAACUACACGUCUUUUUUGAUUCUUGGCUGGAGACACAAGGCUGUGAUUACCAAGUGGCGCCAGGGCCAUGCAGCACCCCAACUUCGAGCCCCGCCACCCGCUCCAGACAGACGAGCAGCAGGAGACGGGCUUGGACCCGCUCAGCAAUUUCAACAAGAACCGCAGCAGAGGCUCUCUUGACAGCAGCACUCCAUCCUUGUCAACCUUCCUGUCAUACAGAAAAGAAUGGGACCAAUUGUUUGUCAGCAGCAAUUACCUGUCCAGGAUCCGGCAGGCAGGCAUCAGCGGUCGACUGAGGAGCAGCCGCUUUCGAAGCGUAUGCUGGAGGUUGUACCUAGAGGCUCUCCCAGAAGACAUCAGUCAGUGGAUCAACAAGACCAGGGGGUUGCGGGCUCAAUAUGAGAAGAUUAAAGAAACGCACAUCACAAACCCUCGCAAGGCUGCGGGCCAGCAGGACUUGGUGGUCAACAACCCGCUAUCCCAAGACGAGGGGAGCCCUUGGAACAAGUUCUUCCAGGACAAGGAGCUGAAGGGGAUGAUCAAACAAGACGUAUUGAGAACGUUUCCUGAGAUCCGUUACUUCCAGGACGAGGAUGUGCGGACCAAGCUGACGGACAUUCUCUUCUGCUAUGCCAGAGAAAAUGAACAGUUGCUUUAUAAGCAGGGGAUGCAUGAGUUGCUGGCUCCCAUAGUCUUCGUGCUGCACUGCGACCAUCAAGCCUUCCUGCACGCCAGCGAGACGGCGAGCCCCAGUGAGGAGAUGAAGUGUCUGUUGGACCCACAGUACCUUGAGCAUGAUGCCUAUGCACUGUUCUCUCAGCUGAUGGAGACUGCAGAGCCUUGGUUCUCUUGCUAUGAACGAGAAGUAAGGCGGGGUAAAGAAGAAAUGCUCAGCAGCAUCCCUUUUGCACGGCCCCAGGACUUCGGGCCAUCUGUUGCCAUAGUAACCAAAGUCAACCGCAUCCAAGAUCAGCUGGUGAAGAAGCACGACGUGGAGCUGCACAUGCACCUCAACCGGCUGGAAAUCGCCCCGCAAAUCUACGGAAUCCGCUGGGUGCGCCUGCUGUUCGGGCGUGAGUUCCCCCUUCAGGACCUGCUGGUGGUCUGGGACGCGCUGUUCGCUGACAGCAUCACUCUGGACCUGGUGGACUACGUUUUCGUGGCCAUGCUGCUCUACAUCCGAGACGCUCUGAUCGCCAGCAACUUCCAGACCUGCCUGGGCCUCCUGAUGCACUACCCUCCGAUCGGGGACAUCAACUCCCUGCUGCAGAAAGCUCUUUUCCUCCGAGACCCCAGAAACCAUCCACGACCUGUCAACUACCAGUUCCAGCAGAAUCUGGAUUACUACAAAACAAGAGGAGCCGACCUGAUGAAUAAGACACGUUCCAGCACCAAAGCGGCUCCUCUGAACAUCAACAAGGUGUCCAGCAGCCUGCUGAACUUCGGCAGGAAACUCAUCUCUCCGGCCAUAUCAGGAGCGUCCAUCAACAGCGACGUGCACGCCUCGCCCGCUUUGCCCACCGGGACGUCGGAGCCCCCCUUGCUGCACCCGCUCGCCGAGCCCCCAUCGGACCGUGCGCCGUCGCAGAGCCACGCCCCCUCGCAGCACUACCGCAUGCUGAAGUCGGAGAGCAUGCCCGUCCACCUGGGCAAAGGCCAGAGCUCCAAGGCGGUCAGCUCCUCUCCCAGCAUCGACAACCUCUCGGCCGGGGGUCAGUCCUGCGCCUCGCCACCUCCGCCACUCUCCAGGGGAGGAAGCGACGCCAGCGCCUCGUCGCCGCCCCUCUCUGCCACCAAGAAGGAGUCGUUCUUCCACAUCGCUCGCUCGCGCUCCCACAGCAAGACCAUGUCCAGGAAGGAGACGGACGAUGACUUGGAGGCCCAGGUGUCCUUCCUGCAGGGUCAGAUCAACGACCUGGAAGCCAUGAGCAAAUACUGUGCCAAGAUGAUGAACACUCACAUUUGUCAAAUCCAGGACGUGAUCUUGCAAGAACACCUUGACAAAGAGGACCAGGUCCUGGUUUCAUUGGCAGGCCUCAAGCAGAUCAAGGACAUCCUGCAGGGGGCGCUGCGCUUCAACCAGAGCCAGCUGGAGGCCGAGGACAACGAGGAGAUCAGCAUCGCCGACGAUCACUACACCUCGGCAGCCCAAGCCUCUCUGGGCACCGACGGUCGCCACGACAACCAGCGGCCGCAAGGUGGCGGGGGCGGCUGGAGGCGGCGAGGACCCGACGGUGACACCAGCGCUGAUGAGAAAGAAGACGACGAGGAAGAGGAGCAGACGAUGUCUCCACACCAGGUGGCGCCAGCCCUAAGCCCGGAUGCUAAGAACUGGGAAGACUACAUCCUGGUGUGCCAGGAAGGAGACCUGCAGGGCGCCCACGGACGACAGGCCGCCUCGGAGCGCACCCCUCCCAUCAGGCGGGGCCGCGGCCCGGUGCGCAUGGAGCCCGAGGGAGAGGCGGGGACCCUCCACGACCCCCUGAUGGCGGCCAUGGCAUCGGGCUCAUCCAGUCCGGAUGAGGGCUCCACCAACAGCAAGGAUUCGGACUUCACCAUCGUCAACCCGGGCGAUUUGUGAACAAGUGAGCCAAAGACUCUUUUUUUCUUCUUCUUUUUGUCCAUCUGGGCCACCAUGAUAGAAACAAAGAUGGAGGGAAGCUGCUGUUUUUUUUUUUUUUCAAAGUUGCACAAAGUCUUGAUGCUAUCUCCUCCACUUCUGCACUUUUUGGGUAUUUUGUUCAUCACCCUCAAACCUUAUGUGAGACACCAACACGUUCCCUUCUCAGUGUCUUCUAAAUAGUAAACAACUGCUAGUAGGAGGGGUCGAUAAAGUACUGUAAAAAUCGCCAGUGCUACAUUUACAUGCCAUCACCUAAUGUUAUUUAAGCGCUAAUGCAGAGGAACUACUUUUCUGGCAUAGUGGCACAUCGCCUUGCUCACACUUCUCCUCCAACUGCUAGCGAAUAGCAAGCUUGAGCUGCUAAAAUAAAGAAGGGGUUAGAAGAAUAAGUACUUUGAGUACUAUUACUAUAUGACCCAAACAUUGCUAGGAAGCAUUUUUUUAUUUCAGGAAUGGGGAUUAUUGAGAAUGUGCUGAAAGAUACAACCAUCCCAGAGAACCUUGACAUUUUAUGCUCUUAUUUGAAGCCUUACACGCACAGUAAUAGACGUUACCGCCACAUUUCUAGAAAGCUGAGGACACGGUUGGCUGGACUUUUCCCUUAAAUACAAUUAUUAAUAAAUUAGUAACUAAAAGUUCAAUAUAGCCUAAAGGUUAGUUCUAAAAAUGUAUAAUAGUAAUAUAUAAUAAAUAUUCUAAUUAAAUAGAAUAAUAGUGAAUAAUAGUUUCAUAUCGCGUAAAUGUUUUUGUAAAAUAUAUUUAUUAUAGUAAUAUUAUGAAUAAUAUUUGAACUAUAACAAACGUUUACUUAAAUACUGUAAGUUAGUACUGAAACAUUUUAUAAGAAUAUGUAACAAUCUUCCUUUUAAAUACAAUACAGUAAUAAACUAAGUAAAUACAAAUGUAAUAAUUAUAUGUAUAUAAAAUAUAACAAACUGAUAAAUAAAUAUAACAAUCAAUUGGUGGAUAUUUACUUUGAUACAGUGUAAAAAAAAAAUGUAUAUAUUGAAGUACUCUGGUUUCCUACCACCUUCAAAAACAUGCACCUGGGGAUAGAUUGAUUGGCAACAUUAAAUGGUCCCGAGUGUGUGAAUGUUGUCUGUCUAUCUGUGUUGGCCCUGCGAUGAGGUGGCGACUUGUCCAGGGUGUACCCCGCCUACCGCCCGAAUGCAGGGACAAGCGGUAGAAAAUGGAUGGAUGGAAGUAGUAUAAACAUUUAGAUGUAUAUAAUAUAGCAAAUAAUUACAAUAAUAAACAGUGUUGUACAGCUUGGACAUUUGUAUUGAAAUAUUUAAAAUCAAUACAAUAAUAAAUUGGUAAAUAAUAGUUCCACAUACUUAACAAUAAAAUAACACAACUGGGCUCCACCAACAGCAAGAAUUCAAACAUUAACUAUUUGUGAACAAGUGAGCCACAGACGUCCUCUGCAGUAGACAUUUGAUUUUUGUCUAUUUAGAGAGCUGUGACAAACAAGUCAUUUUAAGAUUCUGCGUCUCACAAGUUUUUGGAACCACCAGUUGAAAAGCCCAAAUGAUCAACAAGAGAGGACCUAAGAUGGAACCUUGAGGAGAACCACCAGUAUAAAUAAAGAAGGUGAACAAAUGACUGCAUGUCACACCUUACUUACAUAAAGUGACUUGAAGGGGUGUCUUGUGGAACACCUCAGUUCAAAGGUCAAUGCAUGGUCCCAGUUCCUCUAGUCUUCUAGCAACCUCUUGCUAGCAGUUGUUCACUCUUUAGGAGGCACAGUAAAGGGAAAGACGUGUGUUCUUUUGUCGCGUAAGAAUUGUGAAUGAUGGGCAGAGUUCGACCCCAAAAGUGCAAUUUUUUUAUUUCAUUUAGAUUUUUAGUCUAAUCCAAUAUGUUUAGGUGCAAAGAAACGAGCUUCAUCAAUAAUGACCUGAAGAUGUAUUUUCUUACGUCACACUUGUGAUUUAGUCCCACUUUGACUUUCAUGUAGAUUAAUGGUCUGAUCCGACAUGUUUGGUCGCAAUGAAAAUGACCUGAAGAUGUAUUUUAUACAUCACCUCUGACAAAAGACGACGACGAGUCUCGUCCUCCUCAGUGCCUCCAAGCGCUCGUCUUAAUCAGCCCAACAAAACCCAACUGUGAUCUUAUUCCAUAUUUCUUAUUGCAAUCCAGUAGCAUUAUUAAAUGAUUGAAUGUC